AUGACGGUGUCCCUACAUGACUUGAUCAAAGAAUGGGAGGUAGUGAACGAGGAGUUGUAUAGGGCCUCCCUGGAGUCGCACAAGCGCUAUCCGUUCCCGGGGAGCAGCUACAGCUGCUCAGAUGACAGCGAUUGCGUCGGGGAAGACCCCUCGUCCACCUCCCCUCUACCUUUCAGCACCACCACGUACGCACGCGUGUACAGCCUCCUCUCACGCACGCGCCACAUUGCGGAGGAUCCGUGUUACAACUCCUUCUAUAUUAUACAGCAUCUCCUGUGGGUGACCAUCGUCGCGUGGGCAAAUCAGAUGGCAAGCAUGUCCGAUAAUUUUAUUCGACUCCCAAUAGGAAUGCGACAGUACCACGAGUCGUCAUCACCGUGCACAACACGAGGCGGUGGCUCAAAGAACGGCGAUAAAAACGACGACACAGCUAAGCCAGCGCCUUCGGCGUCCACUCCGCUUCAGCGCACAUCGUUCCCAUGUGCUCUGCUCCAGCCGUUAGAGUUUUGGGACCCUAGUGUGCUGGGGGAGAUGACAGACACGUCAUGUUGCAAACCGGACAGCCUACACGACGCGUCUCUCCACCGCGCUCCAAACCUGCCCGAGGUGUGGAGCAACGCCGUGCAGCGCAUCUUCGCACUGUGGUGUUCUACACCAACGGCUGGCUCCCGUUCAAAAUCUGCACAAACAUGCGACAUGCAAAGUGCUCGCGGCACUGCAGCCCCAACGACAUUACAGUACGCGCACACCUGGGUCAUUGUAGCACAGCACUACCACCGCUUCAAAUCACUGCUGUCUCUCUUCUUUCUCCGCUACGACGUGCUGCUCGAGGACGCAGAGGAGCAGCGAUCGCAGGAGGGCGGCUACCGCAGCGGCCUUCCUGAUGGGCAGGCGCAACGCGCUGAAACAAACGCACCGCUGCCGGCGUCGCUUUUGCUGCGUCGCCGAGGGGGAAUUUCGCGUGGGUCAUCUUUCAGCAUCAGCCCUGGAGAUGCGGCGAGUGCCACUGAGGUAGACAGCAGAAAUAGCAGCACCAGCACUCCUGCAGCCCCGUCUGCCGAUGACAAAGUCACACAACAUGUCUACAAGCAAGCUCGUGUAUCGUCGCGUCUGCCCUCCUCCUCCCUCAGCACUGCUAACCUUCUCGGCCAUCUUAUGCGAAGCAUUGCAAACGAGAACCUUUCGAAGAUCUACGAAGUGACUCGUGAAGCCAUUCUCUCUCUCUUGCUACCACGCGUCCACCGUGCUCGCCUGCGACACCAGAGCACGAUACCUGCCAGUGGCUCGGGCUGCUCCUCGCAGCUGCCUCAUUGCGCGCUGCCGCAAGAUAACACCGCAAUGGGUGAGGCAGAUACAGCAAAGGAAGCGUCAUCAGCAUUAACAGCAGCUCAACCGCCCGCUGGUGUGCCCAAUUGGCACAGCGAUGAACAUGACGAAGACCAUGAGGACGACGAUCUCGUCGUCUGGUCAUCGCCGCCCUCGCCACUACUCGCCUACACAGCCGCGUCUUUUGGCCACGACAACGGCGAUGCGCCUGCACCAGCUCAGAGGGCAGGCGCAUCUGCCACAACAUCUCGGGAAGGAAAACGAGUGCAGCACGAGGAGUACGUUAUUCGCAGUAUCUUUAAGCUUCUUCUCAUGAUAGAAGACUGUCGUGUGCACGCACUCCAGCGCUGGCUUGUCGAGAGUAGCAAGCGUGUUGCCUUCUUCUAUGGUUCGCAGCUUGCCAUGAACCUUUUCGACGAUGCCACGCCGCAGCCAGCGGCGUUUGCCCACGGCCCCUCGCCCUGUGAUCCCUCCGUCACGACCAUCACCACAACGCGCACCCUCGCAGAUGCGAAUCGGGUACUUCGCGAAACUCUGCAAGCGUACGUGCGUCUUCGUGCUAAGUUGCUCUUCCUGAAUGCCGGUACGACGCACUUUCUAGACGCCCUGACCCCAUGGGGGCGGACGCGCAUGCUGGAGAGCCUGAACGCUUUCCUCUGCGGAUUCUGCGGAAUUAUCCUGCCUUCGGAUGGCAAAGCGCCUAACAAGACCACCGCUCUAUCGUCCAAUCAGCAACCGAACCAAGCAGCGGCGUCACCGGUGAGCGGCUGCAAUGAGUCGGUUCCCUUCACCCCGAUGAACACUGCCGUCGCCGACUUUGCUCAGAAGUGGGGUGUGCCGCUUUGGGUCGCCAUGUGCAGCGAUGCACAGCAGCGCAUGGAGGCACUGAGGCAUGUCAAGGAAGAGCGUUCCAAUCGACCAAAGAACUCUAUGGCACUAGCCGAGAGCGAGUACGGGCACGUUAUGCAGCCCGCUAAAUAUCAGCAGCAGCAACGUGCGACAGAGGGAUGGUCAGACAAGGAGAUGGGGGAGAAUGACCACUGGAGCGGCGGCCUUGACAACACGGGCACGUCAUCGGCGCCUGUCACGUCCUCCCUCAUCGCUGCCGCCGUUAGUGCCGGCGAUGAUAGUCAUGCCGACAAGCCCGACACGCACGACCGUCACUCCGUCGCUUCUACCGAACUGGAGGAUGCUGUGUCGCACACGACCAGUGUCGCCUGGCCACCGAGGUCGCCGACCGUUGCGAACGGUUGCAGGGACGGCAGCAGCGACAAUGGCAUGCACCGCCAUGGCGGUGUCGAGGAGACGGGUCGAGCUUUAACUCGACGCCGUGGCAGAGGUCUGGAUCUAAAACGUGUCCUGCACCAACAACAACAACGUCGCGCGCGCCUCGGUGACGUAAAGCUCCCACAGAGAGGGAUAACGGCAAGUAGAAGUGGGGCCCCAGUCGCGAGCAGCGAGGAUGGCGGCGAAGUAGUUGAGAGCCUCUACACAGGGGAGACGACAUCGGCGGGGGAAGAUGGCUCUUUGCUUGCCGCUGCUAUGGGGACUGGAAAUGAUGGCAGCACCAUAAGUCAACUACACCACGACACCAGUGCGGCCGCAACAGGGGAGAGGCAACGCGGUGGUGGUCAAGAUCUUACCACAGCUGCCGGUUUCCCCAUGAAGCGCUUCUCUCGCUCCGCAGAGCUACACCAGGUCGCCACCUUACCAGAUGAAGGGUUCCCGUGUCUUCUCUACCUGAUGCCGCGCCGUAGCCGCUUCGUGAUCCUAGACAAAGCAGCAGCAGCUGUACAGCAGCAGCUCUUCACGUGCUUUAGCGCCAACGUCCAAGCCUACCUUACUGACUACCUGGCGGAGUGCGAAACCGCAGCGGCAGCGGCGGCGGCAGAUCAGCGCGCAGCAUUGGCCUCGCAGAAAAAGAAGAGAGAGAGGGCAGCUCACGUGACGACUAUGGGAGGGAUUGCGAGCUGCACCAACGCUGCCGCUGCCACCCCCGUUGACAUUGUAAGACCAUUUCCACACCCCGUUCUUGCUCGUAUGACUUUCCUUUUGGAGAUGACGUACGCUGCACUGCAUGGCCGCGACGGCGCUACGAGCGAUAGUCGCGAUGACCACACCGAGGGUAAUAACGGUAGCGGGGAUGGUGGUAGUCGACCCCCGCUGAUGGAGACAGGCCUCACCGCCACCGGGCAGGAGCUCGGCGCCGCCCUUCUCGAACAGUGCAACGGUGAGUUUGACAGUGUGGUGUCCACAACACUUUCCGCGCCAAAGUCACCGGCCUUGCUGACCAUUGCCGCCGUCCGAAAGGGCUUCCAAUGCUUUCUCACCUCCCUAGAAAAACGUGCCUCGUUGACACUGGCGCAGGCGCUGUGUGGCCUUGUACAGCAGGGUGCGACCCAGCAGCCGCCCGCAGCCCAGCUGGAUGCGGUGGACACCAUUCUAAAUAUGGCCUCACUGCUCAACUCUAAGGACAUGUUUGUGAUGCUGCUAAAGGGCUACCUCGCACCCCAGAUUAUGAUGUGCCGAUCGAAGUCCGAGCUUGUGGUGGAGCUGCAAGUAGUGGACCGUAUGGCCUACCGUCUUGGCGCGGCAGUGGCAGCGCCGUGCCUUACACUGCUGAGGGACCUGCAGCUGGCCAUCUCCGAUCCCCGCAUUACGAUAAAACCGCCGCCUCCCUCUGGCGCACGCGCAGGCCUUGCGAAGGGGUGGAAGCUGAAUGUUGCACACGAAACUCUAAGCGGAGGGAACAGGAAGGGUGACGGCGACGAGUAUAGAAGCGCGAGUAGCGGAGGUGUGACCGAAGAAUAUGCACAGCGCGCAGCAAGGCGAGACUCAGAGACGCUGGACGCCGUUCAUCCCUCACUCCAUUGCACCUUGGGCCUUAUCCACCACGUUCGCGUCCUUUGUCGAGCCUGGUGGCAGCCGCACACAGCCGUGCUGCUGACUUCCCGGCGGCUGCGUCAGCUGUGGGAGCGGCAUCAGCUCCUAGACGAGCGCGUUGUCGACUCGGUACUGAGCGUCGAGUGGAAGUACGACGGGCACUCUGAACCAUUUCGUGGCUACGGACAACUAGUCAGACUGAGGGAAGGCGAAGACAACAGUCAUCUGCGGCCUCCGUCUCUCAGUGAUGGUGGAAGCGCGAAGAGCAUGUGGGGCAGUCUGAGUAGUGACCUCGAGGGAGAUCAUUCUCGAUGCGGCAACGGAGGCCAGAACUCCGGAUCCCUCACUGCAGGGACGCAGCUGCGCACUGUGACGGCAGCCGCGGUCGUGCGAGGCUUCUCCUCAGCUCUGGGCAAUGCGGUGCGUCGCACAGGUCGUCAGGCUGGUGACUUUGGCUAUCAUGAUUCCGAUAACGAAUCAGAGGACUACAGGGAGGCCUAUGGUGGGCUGCUGACGCUGAGCACGCUGCAGCAGUACCGCAAUGCGUACGCGCCGUCAAGCUCGUCGUACAGAGGCAGUAACCUCUCGUCUAUUGGCAGCCCCGGUGCAGGCGGCGAGCACUGGGGGGCUUCUGAUGGAAGGCAAAGCACCACUGCCGACGACCGCGCCUCAACCACUGUACCGGCGGACGGGCAGUUGGUGCGGCGGCGACUGUAUUGGCCACUGGGAGAUGGCCAGUUGGUCUUCUACCUCUUCUCCAAGGGAGCAGCAAGUGCUGGUCAUAGCGUCUCCCAGGCCGUGCAGAUCUUCGGACCACCGCUUACGUAUCUCAUAUGUCAGCUGCUGGACCGCGCAAGUGAGCAGCCGUACACCUUCGGCGCGCUGCACGGGGCGUUUCCAGUGCAGGUACCAAAGCCGCUGCUCGCCCAUAUCCUGCACGAGCUUGUCAAGGCUAAUGUCGUCGUGCGCAGCGUGGCUGCCGGUACUCGGCAGCUAACGUAUCUGCUUUGUGACGACACGCGCAAGGUUCGUCAGCGCAAGGUCAUCGUUGACGUACGCGCCGCAACACAGCAACAGUGGGUGACGCAGAUGAUGACUAUGACGGGCGCAGACGCCGCUGGCGAAGGUGAAGACGACAACUCUGAGAGCAGCAGCGCUCGUGACUCUGCAUUCCUGGCGAGCCCAAAGGACGUCACCACUGCCUUUUCCAAGCUAUCACCGAAACCGGCACCGCAGGUGCACCUCAACGCAUCCGCCGAGGCAGAAGCUACACCGAACGCCGCAGUCGACAAUCUGUCAUCGCUGACCUACUCGGUAGACUGCACACACAAAAUAAAGGUGUGUAUUGUGCGCAUCAUGAAGGUAGAGCGCGUUCUCUCGCAUUGCGAGCUGGUGGAGCACGUCGCGCUCGCACUGAAGGGCCAGUUGGUGGUCACCCCCAGCCAGCUCAAGCGCUGUGUCACGCAGCUCAUCGAGAGGGAGUUUCUCCAGCGAGGGGAGCAAGGGGAAUACAUAUUCGUAUCGUAA